GAUUCUAGAUCUUUCAAACAACCUGCUAACAGGGGGACUACCUGAUUGUGGCAAAGAAGAGCUGAAACAAAGUAACCCAUCCAGCAGCAACUCAUCAAGGAUCAACUCUGCAAAUUCUUAUAGUUUGGAAAUUCGUACUCCUUCUAAGCAACAACAGCCUUUCAGGUGGAUUUCCUUUACUCUUGAAACAGUGCCAGAAUCUUGUAUUCCUCGAUCUAACUCAAAACAAGUUCAGUGGGAAGUUACCUACAUGGAUAAGUGAGGGCAUGCAAAGAUUGGUAAUGUUACGGUUAAGAUCUAACAACUUUUCUGGUGAUAUUCCGAUCGAAAUAACGUGGCUUUUUUCUCUUCGUAUCCUUGAUCUAGCAAAUAACUCUUUUUCUGGGAUUAUGCCACGAUCUCUUGACAGCUUGAAAGCUCUGACUACCACUGUUGUAGCAUUAAAUAUAAUAUAUAAUCCUUUCUUAGAACUUUAUGAGUAUAGAACAUCAGGAUCUGGUCAUUCUUAUAAUGAUAGCUUAUGGUUGGUAACUAAAGGGCAAAUGCUUGGGUACAGAGAGAAUGUCAUAUAUUUUAUGAGCAUUGAUAUGUCUUGCAACAAGUUAGCCGGUCAAAUCCCGAAAGAAAUAGGUUCACUUCUUGGGCUGGUAAAUCUAAAUUUGUCGUCAAACAUGUUGAGUGGAAACAUCCCGUAUAAGAUUGGCAAUCUGCAAGCAUUGGAGUCUCUUGACUUGUCCAACAACCAACUUUCUGGUGAGAUUCCUCAGGGAUUGACAUAUUUGACUUCACUAAGCUAUCUGAAUUUAUCCUACAAUAACCUAUCAGGCAGAAUACCUUCAGGACAUCAAUUAGACACUCUCAAGACAGAUGAUCCUGCUUCAAUGUACAUUGGUAAUUCUGGUCUUUGUGGGCACCCACUUCCAAAGGCAUGUCCUAGAGAUAAUCCAACACAAGAACCCACCUGGUGGCAUGAAGACAACAGCUCUCAAUUGGAUUUCCAUCUUGGUUUAAUCGUGGGAUUCUUGGCGGGACUUUGGAUAAUAUUUUGUGGCCUUUUGUUCAAGAAGACUUGGAGAUACGCCUAUUUCAGCCUAUUCGACAAAGUAUACGACAAUGUGUACGUCUUCUGUGUAGUCACGUGGCUACAAUGGUUCAGAAAACCAAGUACAAACUGAGCAAGCAUUACAAAGGCACAUCUAUGGCUGCCGAUUGGACUGGUACCUUUGACUGUGGAGCUUUGGGUUUUCUGUAAUGGAGUCGUUCACAUCACCACGGCAAUGCGGCAAUGUUAAAAGCUCUCGAGGUAUAAAACUAUAAUAAAUGAGUGGUAUAUUGUUGCACUGUACAUCUUUAAUGUCGAGGUCGUUAAUUAAUUGUAAAACAGCCUCAACAAUUUGCUGUGUGAUCUGCUUGUAAUUUGAAAUUCCACAAUAUAUUGAAACUAAUGCACUAUGUUAUCCAAUAUCCA